GAGUAAGAUCCUGCUGUGGCUUGAGGGAAACAGAUCGACAUUCAGCCACGGGAGAAUCGCACUUCGCGGCCUGUGGAAGCCCCCCACCCUGAGCAAUGGCCUCACCAGUCUCAGUCUACAACUCCAAUGCCUUGGACCCACACAUCUCCAGCUCCUCCAGGGAGUCCCUGAAGAUGGAGUUGUUAGCAGACGUGAGUCUGCUGCCAGGAGAGGACAGAAUUAUAGAUAAAGACAUCAUCUACAUCUGUCCAUUCAGCGGAGCUGUCAAAGGCAAAGUGUUGAUCACCAACUACAGACUCUACUUCAAGAGCUCAGACUCUGAUGUGGCAGUGACGCUGGAUGUUCCUUUGGGCGCCAUCAGUCGGGUGGAGAAGAUGGGCGGGGCAUCAAGCAGGGGGGAAAAUUCCUACGGCCUGGAUAUCACCUGCAAGGACAUGAGGAAUUUGAGGUUUGCCUUGAAGCAGGAGGGCCACAGCAGAAGAGAUAUCUUCGAGCUCCUCUUCAGGCAUGCCUUCCCCCUCUCACAUGGUCUGUCUCUGUUCGCAUACUUAACUCAGGAGAAGUACGAGGAGAAUGGCUGGACUGUCUACAAACCCAUAGAGGAGUUCAGACGCCAAGGCUUACCUAAUAACAAAUGGCGUAUUACAUUCAUCAAUAAGAACUAUGAGCUGUGUGACACCUACCCCACUGCAUUGGUGGUGCCCUUAAAAAGCAAAGAGGAGGACCUCAGAAGAGUUGCAUCCUUCAGGUCAAGAGGACGCAUACCGGUCCUAUCAUGGAUCCACAGGGAGAACCAGGCAGUGAUUGUCCGCUGCAGUCAGCCUCUGGUCGGCAUGUCUGGUAAAAGGAACAAGGAUGAUGAGCGCUACCUGGACCUGAUCAGGGAGGCCAACGACACCUCCAAGCUCACCAUAUAUGAUGCCAGGCCCAACGUCAACGCUGUGGCCAACAAGGCCACUGGAGGAGGCUACGAGGGGGAUGAGUACCAAAACGCAGAGCUCAUCUUCUUGGACAUCCAGAAUAUCCACGUCAUGAGGGAAUCCCUGAGGAAACUCAAAGACAUCGUGUACCCCAAUGUGGAGGAAUCACAUUGGCUGUCCAGUCUAGAGUCUACACACUGGCUAGAACAUGUUAAGCUGGUGUUGUCAGGAGCCAUCCAAGUAGCAGACAAGGUUUCCAGUGGAAACUCAGUGGUGGUUCACUGCAGUGACGGCUGGGACCGAACCGCUCAGCUCACCUCUCUGGCCAUGCUGAUGCUGGACAGUCACUACCGCACACUCCGAGGAUUCCAGGUGCUGAUUGAGAAGGAGUGGAUCAGCUUUGGCCACAAAUUUGCUUCAAGGAUAGGUCACGGUGAUAAGAACCAUGCGGAUCAGGACAGAUCGCCCAUCUUUGUGCAGUUCAUUGACUGUGUAUGGCAGAUGACUAAACAGUUUCCUACAGCCUUUGAGUUUAAUGAGCGCCUCCUGCUGACAAUCCUGGAUCAUCUCUACAGCUGUCGCUUUGGGACUUUCCUCUACAACUGUGAGAGCGCACGAGACCAGCACGAGGUGAGGUCGAAGACAGUGUCUCUGUGGUCUUUGGUCAACAGUAAGAUGGACAUUUAUUUAAACCCCUUCUACACCCCUGAGUCUGGCAGGGUUCUCUACCCCGUCGCCAGCAUGCGUCACCUAGAGCUGUGGGUAACAUACUUCAUCCGCUGGAACCCACGCAUACGACAGCAGCAGGAGAGCCCGGUGGAGCAGCGUUACAAGGAGCUGCUGGCCCUCAGAGACGAGUACUUGAAGAAGCUGGAGGAGCUGCAUCUCUCCGACUCCUCUCCUUCCUCCCGUCUGGCUAACAGCCCCACCCCAAACACCUCCUCCCCCUCCUCCCCCACACCGUCACAGCAAUACAAACACCUACACACACCACUCUGAGGGACACGCACACACACAAACUCUCUGAUAAACUUGUUGACUUGCACUCACGUCUUUUUUCACUCUGAUUUCUGUCAGUCUUACACACAUGCAGGGAAUUAAUUAGUAUUGUGCAGUCCUAACUGUGGAUAACAAAGAAUGCUAAUAUGAUUUAGGUUUGACAGUUAACUCUAACACCAUAAUGGUGAUGAUGGUGAUUUAUGCAAUAUGUCACAGUACAGCCUUGUCACAAGACUUCUCUAUACACACACUCAUCAUACAGUGAAGCCUUAAAGACAUUCAGUGGCUUUCAGUCAAAGGGCUUGAACACACAGGACACACAGCGGUUGUGUAUCAGUGUUCACACAGGCAGCACAGAAGGGCUGACGUUUUGUGUGUUUGCCUUCCACGCCGCGCUGUUGCUGGUUAUUUUUAUUUCAUUUAGCUCAGAUACACUACGGAUUCAUUUACAAACUGAGGUGAGAAUUAGGUUGACUCAAGGUCCACUUACUGUCAUUUUACAUAUUGAAGCUCAAGAUAAAAGCCAAUAAGUGAACCUUGGGUUACACAUGCAGCGAAACCCUGAAUGUUUCGAGACAUCACCCGGAGGAGCUGCAUGUGUGAACUCAAAGGGUCUGAACCAGUUUAACCAGACAUUAAAUGGAUUUAAGAUCCUGCCACCCCUGCCAUGUUUCAUUGAGGCGAGUGUGUAGUCAUGUUGAGGGAAGUUCAGUACCCCUUGCCUAAACCAAAAUCUCUCGGUUGUGUUCUGCAUGUGUGGAAGGGCAACACGGGACAAUCACCACACCUGAUCCUUUGGACAAACUGUUAACGACCGAUAGCAAUUUAAUCUCUGUGCUUCCAUUUCAAAGAAAUGUCAGGGGUAUAGGCUUGUACUGUCUUUAGGAAACCGCUAAACUGGCUCUGUAAAAAGUUAAAACAAUUCACAUUGCCCCAAAAGAAGAGAAUCUCUGUGCGAUUAGCUCAGGGAAGCUAAUUCCUAUGUAUACUUUCAGAUAUUCUGAUUGUAAAUGUGUUUAUUGUUGUGUAAAAAAAAAGCUACAGGAUGCCUUCAUUUCCCUCUGGAUUAAUCAAGUAUCUAUCUAUGUAUCAGUUGAUCAGUCCAGGGAAUUAAAUCAGAUCAUUUAGAUGUGAUUUAGAUGGAGUUUAACUGCUACUAAUGUCUCCAAAUCCCCAAUAAUACUGUUUGGAAACACAACAAUCAGAAUAUUGUUAGGUGACACACUCAGCCCACCUUCUGCCUUUGUCCCUACUACACAACCAUUGGUGUCCUGUGUGAGCAAAGCGUAAUGCUAAUCAAGGUGUUGUACAGCUCUCACUUUUCACACUUCUUCCUACUUGCUGCACUGAGUGUCGCCCUGUACCACGAGGAGUCGAUUAGAACGCUGCAGUACCGAUGCAGGAGGAACUGGUUUUAAUGCUGUUGUUGUUAUUGUUGUUGUUGUUGGCUGAUCGGUGGGUGUUUUGCCACCUCUAUCACCUAAGCAGUAUUUUCCAGCACUCGCUAAGCUAUGGCGCUGAGAGCAAAUACAGUCCUAGCCAAUAAGAAUAGUUUGGUUGGAAUUAAGUGGUGAAUGCAGCUUUGAUGCAGUUUGAAACGUAUUUUAGGUUCUCACGAUAGUGUAGGGGAAUGAAGUGGUGCCGGCCUCUGAUCCUGCAUCAUGUUUUGUAUAUUUACGGUCUCAUGAAACACAGACCCUUGGAUGGAGAAGCCAGCCUUAGGUCUAUGAUAGCCUUACCAUGCCAAGAUGUUUGUUACAAGCACUAAGGUUUUAGGGACAGUGAGCAGAAAAAGAAAGUUUUCUUUUUUUUUUUUUUUUUUGGAAAUCAGCCUGUGUGUAGAAAUCCAAACCACCGUCACUGAAAAGUCCUGUGUGUUAAAGUCACGUGAUCUAAUAGCACAUGUGCCUUUUGGACAGGUGAUGGUUUUUGUUUGUAAGAGUUUCAGGUGGGGCAGUUUUAGCUAAUGAAUAAAGUGUUACUGUUAUUUUACCUGUUGUUUACCUUUUCCAGUUAUCUUCUUGGAUUAGAUAAUUGGGUGGACUUGUUUUACAACAACUCGUCUAGCUGUCUGAGCAAGUUGUCGUAAACCACUGGACUCCAGGUUAGAGCUUUGUGUAGCAAAUUGACUGUGUCCUCUGACAUCAAGAUUGAAAGUGGCACAAAACAUGUUAUGAUAACUAAUAGGAAUUAUUGGGGAAAGCUAAAAGACCUAUGUUGAAAGCAUCAGAGAUUUAUACUUGAUUUUUAUGUGGAAAGUAACAAAUGUAAUUUUUCUAAUGGGAGAUUUUAUGGAAGUUCAUUUCUGCCAAAAGAGCCUGAAAAAUGUACUUAAAGUAAAAGUUACGCCUUAUUAAUAGCAAGAAGAGUUGGAUCGAGGGCAGCUGGACUUGGUUGUAGAUACUAGGCAUUGUAGGUGGGGAAUAAGUGGUCUGGUAGGCCUCCUCCUGUGUCCACGAUAAGGGACACUCCGUCAAGGACAACAUACAUAUUUUGGAUAGGGACGACAGGUGGUUUGAAAGUGUAGUGAAGCAGAGAAACCAUCCCUCAACAAAGGGAUAGGUUGUCCAAGCAGCUUAAUUUGACCCAUAGUUAUGUAUAAUUGCGUCCUUUUGUGGUGUUAAUAAUUAUUAUGGGAGCAAAGGAGGAAGAUGAAUAUAAAUAAUAAACAUAUAAAGAGUGAUAAAAUCUGCAUAGGGAGAUCAGGGUGGAUGGAUGGCUUGAAACCAGUAGUCAUUUCUUUUGACCAUAACCAUGCAUGUUUAUUAUUUUAACCAUGACAACGAAUGUCCUCUAACCGUAAUAAAGUACUUAUUUUAACCCAAACCAUGAUCUUUCCCUAAACCUAACCAAUUAGUUUUUGUGCCUAAACCUAACCAAGUUAUUUUCGUGCCUAAAACCUACAACCAAGUCCAGUUGACCUCGAUUCAGUUCUUCUUGAAUAACCAUGACUUGGACUGAGAAUCCUCACAGACUAUCUAAUAUCUAAGUCCAUCUCAAAUGGACUUCCAUAAAAUCCUCCAAUGAAAAGACAUGAACAACCAGCCUGUCCAAAAAGCACAUGCUUCAUUAAGACAUGCUCAGGAUAUCACAUGGACAACUGUGUGUGUGUGUGUGUGUGUGUGUGUGUGUGUGUGUGUGUGUGUGUGUGUGUGUGUGUGUGUGUGUGUGUGUGUGUGUGUCUGUGUCUGUGUGUCUGUGUGUCUGUGUGUCUGUGUGUGUGUAAAACAAGAAUUUUGGAAACGGAAUCAAAUUUCUCUUUUAUGACAGUGGAAUUUAAAGAUGUGUAAGAAAAUAGCCUGAUACAAGGACUUUGCUGCUAACUCAAAAAGUUCCCUUUCUAGUUAGUUUGGAACCCAAUUGACACAAACUCAGACCAGCAUCGUGGCCAGCAACAUCUAUCACAAAUGUAUGUACUGUAUCAUUCAGUCUGUCAAGAUGCUGACAGAACUGCUUAUUACAAUCGUUUGGAGUUUAAAUACUCUGCUGCCAUAUGUCUUCAGUCAGUUGUAUGAGAAAUAUCUAGUCAUCCUCAGUCUCUGGGGUUUGGGUUUGAUUACCAGAGUACUUUAAGUGCAGGAAUGGACUAUAUACUUUGUGUUGCCAGUGGAUUGAUAGAUACCAAAAAUCCUUUAGCAUUAGCAUUUUUCUCAAGACCAUUUUGUCUUGACAUUGACUCUUGGAGACUGUGUUUUUCUUUAAUUACAGAAGUAUUUGUCAGUUCAGAAAAUAAUAGACCAUUUUAAAGAUAUGCUACCUGAUUUGUUCCCAAUAUAGAUGCAUAGUGUGAGGAGCAGCCGGCUCCAUAAGGAUUUCCCCCCUCUGUAAAUUACUAGUUGUCUUGACCUAAUCUCCUUCACAAGUGAAUACUGUCUUACGAAAAUCCAGCAAUGUUUUUUUUUUGCAUUGGAGACAAUGUUGACAGAACAAUUUCAUUAGCAUUACAGGAAAAAAUUCAGAUGAUCCUAUUGUUGGGAUUUACAGGGACAAUACCUACACGGUGACACAUUGGUGGUCUGUCAAAAUGGGUCAAGCCACAGGCAACCCUUCCACCUGAGUCAAACACAAUUUAGAGCUAUCCUGCUUUGGUAAACUUUAAACUGCACUGUUCAUCUCUGAAGGUUCUCAAUCAUCCAAGUCAUGGUUAUCCUCGAAGAACUGAAUCAAGGGCAACUUCACCUGGUUGCCAUCAAAGAGGUUUCUAGGUUCAGGUCUAGGAAGUGCAAGUCCAGUUGUAUUUACCUUGUAUGAUGUACACAGGACACAGAUUGGAACUUUACUUCUGGAACUAUGGCUACCCUAUAUAUCUCCUCCCACUGUGCUUUUCUACAGCAUCCUUGAAUUUAAAAUAAGCUGCCUUCCCAAGUAAAAGAGGAAUUGGAGAAGGCUCAGAAAAAAUUUCCCUCACAGUAUGUUCAGCUGAUUGGGUUUGCCCGCAAGUUGGAAGCAACAAUGAUCUGGGAUGAUGUAUUUUAUGUAUAGUGCAACAGUUUCAAUUGUGAAUGAGGUGUAAUAAUUCAUUUUGUGAAGUGCAUCAGGUCAUGUCCAGAUUUUGUGCCUUGAUUCUUGUGAGAAUCACCUUCUGUCAUGUUUGAGCUUGACUGCUGUGUGGAUGGUUCCCGAAGUCAAACAGCUGUGUAUAGUCUGAUUUGCUGUUGUUUAUGGGUUUGUGCUAGCAAGAUCAAAGAGUAGCAAGAAAAAUUACAAACGGGGCAAUAUGUAAGAUUUGGCCUAACUGCUGAAUUCAUACUCACACUCCUGGCAUAUUACCAGAGAUUUGUGGUGUCCACCCAUAUUGUAAGUAAUCAGUGUUCAUGUUGAGCUAAUGUUAGCUUGAAUUAAUCUAACCUCAGCACAGGGCAGGUGUUGGCAUGUUGCCAAACCUUUGGUUAUUGUUAUAGAGUGGUGAUGUAACAGAGGACGAGGCGUGAGAGCUGGAGGAAUGUGAUCAGCUGGAGCAGGAUCCUCAAUAACUGAGCUUGAGCAAAGAGUGGAGGAAUGUCCCUGAGAGGGGACGACUGAAAGUCAGGUUUCUAACCUACUAAAGUUACUACUUCUUGCUUCUUGAGGGCAGACUGGAUGCUAUACAGUCACUUACUAUUGCCUCUUGAGGUACAAAGUCGUAUAAGGAGACGGGACUUGGCUAGGGCUAGCUGGUUAGUAUGCUAACCAAUGGAUACCUCUGCAACACAACACACAGACGUCUGCGUCAUAAUGUGAAAAUGUAUUUUUUCACAUUCUAUUGAUAAUUUUAGCUAUUUUUUAAACGUUUUAAAGUAAAAUACCUACACAUUGCCCCUUUAAAUGGUCAGAAUAUAUUGGUUCCGACAUUUAAAUGUACAUCCCUUGACCUUUCUAGGACACGCAGGGUUCUCGGUUGAGUUUCUAAACCUCAACGUUGACUGGAAAUACAUUUGUAGUAUUGGUUGUGCUGGUUACUGUCAGAGGCAGACCUGACACUGAAUUGACGUUUCAAAGCAGGAAGUAUCACGGCAAGAAUUUUCAGUUUCCAGAUGUUGGAUUGGGGGAGCUGUCUCCAACCAUCUCCAUAACUCUCUGAAACCAUCACGCCAACAUUCACACUCCCUUCAAUUGUGACUGUGCAGCUCUGUGUCCUUUACACAACUGUUUUUGUCACGUUUGACGUGAGCUCCAAGUGCAACCCUACAAAUGUCUUCCAGGAGAGAAUUAUGGCAUUGCCCCACACCCUCUCCCAAAAAUAACAGCACAUUGUACGGACCAGUUAUUUCUGAGUACAACCAUCCUUAAAUCCUUCCAGAUUGACAAUGCAAAUGUAAUUUGGAAUUUUAAUUUUAAUUUUAAAUGUAAAUUGGAUUGGCCAGCAGGUGGUGCCAAAGCCGUCCACCAUCACAAUGGGCAACUGGAACAAAAUCAGAGGGUGUAAAUAAAGAAAAUAGUCAGGAUGGAGUCUGGAGGGAAUGGGCUACCUGCAAGUAUGUCAAAUCUCAAACAUGACUUUUCUACGGUGGGUGAAGUGGGGCAGAUUAGAGAGAACAAUGUGAUUUCUGUGUUCAGAAAGAAGUGACUUAAUAUAGGCUCCACAAAAUGGAUACUUGUAACAAGUAUUUUGCAUCCUUGGCGAAAGGUUUGGUUGGAAGAAGAAGUGACAGCAAUGCGGAAAGUGUCAGGUGGUUGUGUUUCUAGGGGAAAACAGAUGAAAAUCUAUUUUUUUUAUUCUUUACUUUGUACAAGCACCAUGAUGUAAUUACCUCAAUCAAAACCUAUUUUACUGUCAAAAGUUCUAUUGUUGUAAAAUACAAUUAUUUUGUGUAGUGUAAAAUCUUACAGUUUUAUAAAAAGGAAAGUAAUGUUGGUUCAGAAAUUGUUGGUAUAAAUUGUGGAUUUCUGCUCCAUUGGUUAAAUUCUAUUUGUUUUCUUCUUCUUUUUUUUGAGGGCAUUUUUUUUUUCGCUAACCCAGGAUAGAAGGGCAGAAGAAGAAGAAGCUUCUGGUUACUGUUCACUUGUUACAAACCUUAACCUCUUCCUCUCAGUUCUCUGAUGGAUCUUUAGUUCUUAUAUUCAUUCUGGCUCUGUGGUAAUGAAUCUGACAAGUAACUGUGUCACUGUUCAUUUCAAUUUGACUCUUUCAUUAACAUAGGGGGGUUGUAGUUUGAGGGGUUUUGUGUCAUAAUAUAGCCUACUUUUCAAUAAAUACACAUGAAAUGUGUUUCAAGAUCUUUUUAGUAUCAACAGUGGAAGUGUGCUAAGAAGGUGGAAUCAGAAUACAUUUCAAAUGUAUUUCUUUUAAUCAUGUUAUAUCCUCUCCACAGUUUGUUGGAUGGCUCCUGUUAUGUAAAUAUUACUGAUUAAAUUAAUUUAAGUAUUUCUGCCUCUGGUG